GCUAAUAAAAUCCAUUUUAAUAGUUAAAUUAAAGUUAAAAACUAACAUAAAUUGCACAUGAGACGCACGUAUAUUAUAUACACACCAGGCAACAGAUUUAAAUUACUACAAUAAAAUAGAUAAAGACAAAAAUAUAUAAUCAUAUUUCUCUUAUAAAUUGUUUACAUUUGAUUUGCCAAAAUUCCGACCAAAACACCCAAAACAAGAACAACAUCAGGCAAACGACGCCAUCAGGAUAGCCAACCCUCCGCAUCCGCCACCUCCAGCACCUCGUCGCCAGUUGUAGCCGUUCUAGGAGCGCCACAGCAACAAAAGCAACAGCAAACGGAACGGCUAGAAGGCAAAAUGAACCGUUCAAGUAAUUCACAGAGCACACAACGACCAGUCAAUUUAGAUGACAUCUGGAAAGAGCUGGUCGAGGGCAUCUUGCAGAUAUAUCAGCAUGAGAAAUCACUAACACGCAAACAGUACAUGAGAUUCUAUACGCAUGUCUAUGACUAUUGUACUAGUGUUAGUGCUGCACCCAGUGGACGCAGCAGUGGCAAGGCGGGCGGUGCUCAGCUCGUAGGCAAGAAGCUGUACGAUCGCUUGGAGUCAUUUCUUAAGGACUACCUAAGAGGCCUGCUGACCACGUUUCAGUCAAUUAGUGGCGAGGAGGUUUUGCUCUCACGCUACACCAAACAAUGGAAAUCAUAUCAAUUUUCCAGCACCGUGCUCGAUGGCAUUUGCAAUUAUCUGAAUCGUAAUUGGGUUAAACGUGAAUGCGAGGAGGGUCAAAAAGGCAUCUACAAGAUCUACCGCCUGGCUUUAGUUGCCUGGAAGGGUCAUUUGUUUCAAGUGCUCAACGAGCCGGUGACCAAGGCAAUACUCAAAUCCAUUGAGGAGGAGCGACAUGGCAAGCUAAUUAAUCGCGCCUUGGUGCGUGAUGUUAUCGAAUGCUAUGUGGAGCUGAGCUUUAACGAGGACGACGCUGAGGCCACCGAACAAAAGUUGUCUGUAUACAAGGAUAAUUUCGAGCAGAAAUUUAUUACUGACACAUACGCUUUCUAUGAGAAAGAGUCUGAUGCGUUCCUAUCAACCAACACAGUAACCGAGUACUUGAAGCAUGUCGAGAAUCGCCUCGAAGAGGAAAAGCAACGCGUGCGUGGACGCAACACCAAGAAUGCCAUGUCCUACUUGCAUGAGACUACAGCUGAAGUGCUCAAAUCGACAUGCGAACAGGUGCUGAUUGAAAAGCAUUUGAGAUUAUUCCACACCGAGUUCCAGAAUCUUUUGAAUGCCGACAGAAAUGAUGAUUUAAAGCGUAUGUAUUCAUUGGUUUCGCUCACACCGAAGAAUCUGGAUCAGCUAAAGAAAAUACUCGAGGAGCACAUCUUGCAGCAGGGCACAGAAGCCAUUGAGAAAUGUUGCACCAGCGAAGCGGCCAACGAUCCGAAAACCUAUGUACAAACCAUACUUGAUACACAUAAGAAAUACAAUGCGCUUGUAUUGACAGCAUUUGAUAAUGACAAUGGAUUUGUUGCCGCACUGGACAAGGCCUGUGGCAAGUUUAUCAAUUCGAAUGUUGUAACAAAGCCAAACAAUGCUGGUAAAUCGCCAGAAUUGCUGGCCAAGUACUGCGAUUUGUUGCUCAAGAAAUCGUCAAAGAAUCCCGAGGAUAAGGAGCUUGAGGAUAAUUUGAAUCAAGUGAUGGUCGUAUUUAAAUAUAUUGACGACAAGGAUGUCUUCCAGAAAUAUUACUCAAACAUGCUGGCUAAGCGUUUAGUUAGUCACACCUCGGCUUCAGAUGAUGCUGAGGCCAUGAUGAUCUCCAAGUUGAAGCAAACAUGUGGUUACGAAUACACUGUUAAGCUCCAGCGCAUGUUCCAGGACAUUGGUCUGUCCAAGGAUUUGAACUCCUACUUCAAGGAGUACCUGAAGACUCAAAAUAUCUCUUCAGAAAUUGAUUUUGGCAUUGAGGUGCUCUCCACCAAUGCCUGGCCCUUUACACAGAACAACAAUUUUCUCUUGCCCUCGGAACUGGAACGCUCCGUGCAGCAAUUUACCCUAUUCUAUUCUGGAAGGCAUUCGGGACGAAAACUCAAUUGGCUGUUCCACAAAUGCAAGGGUGAAUUGAUUAUGAAUGUUAAUCGCAGCAAUGUAGCCUAUACGCUGCAGGUGAGCACGUUCCAAAUGUCCGUGCUGUUGCAGUUUAAUGAUCAGCUUAGCUUCACCGUCCAACAACUGCGCGACAACACACAAUCCCAACUGGAUAAUUUAAUACAGGUGUUGCAAAUACUGCUCAAGGCCAAGGUUUUAACCUGCAUCGAUAGCGAAAACGCUUUAACCCCCGAUUCGACUGUGGAAUUGUAUUUGGAUUAUAAGAGCAAGAAGCGUCGCAUUAACAUCAAUCAUCCGUUGAAGACUGAGCUUAAAGUCGAACAGGAGACUGUCACCAAGCACAUUGAGGAGGAUCGCAAGCUAUUGAUACAGGCAGCAAUAGUGCGUAUUAUGAAAAUGCGCAAGCGUCUCAAUCAUACCAAUCUAAUAUCAGAGGUGCUUAAUCAGUUGUCCACACGAUUUAAGCCCAAUGUACCCGUCAUUAAGAAAUGCAUUGAUAUUUUGAUUGAAAAGGAAUAUCUGGAGCGUAUGGAGGGACAUAAAGACACCUACAGUUAUCUUGCUUAAGUUUAUGUUACACAUAUAAUAGAAUUAUCGUUCCCAAAAUUAUAUUUUGCCAACAACCAUUAGAAGAUAUCGAUAGAGCAUGCCUGCCAGUCGUCCUACCAAUUUCCCACUCUCUCGCCCUCUGUCUAUUUACAUAAGUAAAACAAUCACUGUGAAAAUCAGUCCCCUUCCCCUACUGCUUUUAUUAGGCACGUGUUUAGAAUGCGUGCAGUCCAUCAACAUUUUAUAUAAACUUCAUACACAUACACGAAUGUUGUGCAAUUUGUGCGAGUUCAUCAGCUAACGUACAUCAAAUAUAUAUAUAUACAACUAUAAAUGUGCAAGCACAGUUAUAUAUUUCAUGUAUACAUUGCUCUAUUUCAUCAUUUUCUUUCCACUUUUUUGAUCAAGACCUGUUUUACUGAGUUUAUUGCUGUUCAUAAUUUUACGCAUACAUAUAUAGUAUACAUAA